GGUGCCUUCCCUUACUGAAUUCGCCACGCCCAUUACACCUGUAAAACUGCCAGCUUGCAAUGUGUUACUGAGGGAAAAUAUUAACCAAACUUGGUUGGAAGGACAAGUCGAAAGCAUUGACUAUAUGGGUGACCAGAAAAACCUCUGGAUUCAGAGAAGUUCCUCCAGAAGACAACAAGGAGUUUUGGAUGCCUGCAGCUCUUUCUUAGCUUUCUGUAAGGAGCAACUUAUACAGAAAAUGAUGGAUCUCUUGAGUAACAUUCUGUCUGCAGAAUUCUUUGAAAUGCUCGAAAAAAUGCAGGGUCCAAAAUCAGAAGAACAGAAGGGUGGAGGCCAGAAAAGCAAGGACGACUAUAUCCCCUAUCCCAGCAUUGAUGAGUUUUUAGAAAAAGGGAGUCCCUACCCCUUAAUCAUCUUGCCUCAGUUUGGGGGUUAUUGGAUCGAAGACCCUGAGAACCUCAGCACCCCCACUUCAUCCGAAAGCAGCAUCUGUGACGAAGAGGAGGAGCCGCUCAGCCCCAGCACUUACGGCUACAAAUUGGAGUGCAAAGGUGAAGCCAAGGCAUAUCGGAAACAUUUCUUAGGAAAGGAUCAUUUAACUUUUUACUGCACCGCCAGCAGCCUGGGAAAUUUGAUCCUUUCCAUUAAAUGUGAAGAGGCAGAUGGAAUUGAAUAUCUACGGAUAAUUCUCAGGUCCAAAGCAAAAACGUUACAUGAAAGAAUCCCUUUAGCUGGACUCAGCAAGCUGCCAAAUAUCCCACAGAUUGCAAAGGCCUUCUGCGAUGACGCCACAGGAUUGAAGUUUCACCCUGUGCUGUAUCCCAAGGCAUCACAAUUGAUCGUAUCCUACGAUGAACAUGAACUUAACAACACAUUCAAGUUUGGAGUGAUUUACCAGAAGUUUAAGCAAACACAGGAAGAAGAAUUGUUUGGGAACAAUGAAGAAAGCCCUGCCUUCAAAAACUUCUUGAACUUGUUGGGAGAAACCAUUACAUUGCAGGAUUUCAAGGGCUUUCGAGGUGGCCUGGAUGUGACUCAUGCCCAGACAGGGACAGAAUCCGUCUACACGGUGUUCAGGGACCGAGAGAUUAUGUUCCACGUUUCCACCAAGCUUCCUUUCACCGAGGGGGAUACCCAGCAGCUUCAGCGGAAAAGACACAUCGGCAACGACAUCGUGGCUAUUAUAUUCCAAGAAGAAAACACUCCUUUUGUUCCGGAUAUGAUUGCUUCGAAUUUUCUGCACGCCUAUAUUGUCGUCCAGGCAGAAAAUCCAGAAACGGAUAAUACAUCCUAUAAAGUAGCUGUCACAGCACGAGAAGAUGUCCCGUCUUUUGGCCCUUCACUGCCAAGCCCACCUGUAUUUCAAAAAAACGCAGAAUUCCGAGAGUUUCUUCUCACCAAGCUGAUCAACGCAGAAAAUGCCUGCUGCAAGUCGGACAAGUUUGCCAAGCUUGAGGAUCGAACGCGGGCUGCCUUGUUGGAUAACUUGCACGAUGAACUCCACGUCCAUACGCAGCUGAUGUUGGGCCUAGGAUCCGAGGAAGAUAAGCUGGAAAAUGGUGGACAUGGUGGAUUCUUGGAAUCGUUUAAGAGAGCGAUCCGCGUCCGCAGCCACUCCAUGGAAACCAUGGUAGGAAGCCAGAAGAAGCACCAGUCUGGAGGAAUCCCUGGGAGCUUGAGUGGCGGGAUUGUGCACAACAGUGUUGAAGUAACCAAGACCACCUUCUCUCCUCCAUUAGCAGCAGCAACAGCCAAGAAUCAAUCAAGGAGUCCUAUAAAGAGGCGAUCGGGCUUAUUUCCCCGUUUGCACACUGGAUCCGAAAGCCAAGCAGAACCUCAGAGCCGAUGUGACAGUGGCUCAGGAACACCCAAGACCCCCGAUGGAGGGCAUGCCUCCCUUGAUAUGAAGUCAGAGGCGUCCUCAAACCCAAGUUCUCCAGAAAUCUGUCCCAACAAAGAGAGGCCUUUCAUUAAACUCAAAGAGAAUGGAAAGUCAAAUAUUUCCCGUUCCUCCUCAAGUACCAGCAGUUUCAGCAGCACUGCAGGAGAGAGUGAAAAUAUGGAAGAAUACGAAAGCCUGGGCAGCCAGUCCUCAACUGCAUCACCAUAUAAGCAAGAUGUAUUUGUUUACAGUCCUUCCCAAAGCAUCGAGAAUCCAAAUUUAGCAUCCGCCUCAACCCCUGUUAUCAUGAGCAGGAGCCCCACUGAUAUAAAAAGCAGAAAUUCUCCGAGAUCAAAUCUAAAAUUUCGCUUUGAUAAACUUAGCCAUUCAAGCUCUGGCCCGACACAUUAGCUGAAGAAUGACCCCUAAGGACCUCUAAAAGGACGUUUUUUUGUUGUGUUUUGUCUCAUUUUAAACAGGGUAGGAGGGAGGACUGUUUGUUUCAAAUGAGAGCACCCCUCCACCACACCAAGCUCCAUAGCCACCUACGGAUUGCCCUUCAUCCGAGCAGAUCAUUUCCAUAAAACCAGAAAAGAAGAGAUCUCUUCCAUGGUAAUCAUCCAUGCUUUAUCCCUCUGGAGUGGAAGGAUGUCCCACGGAGGACCCAAAUUGCGUACCACAGACUGUAGAACUGACUGGGCUUCUGUUCUCCCCCCCCCCCCGCACCCUACUUGGUCAAUCAACGGAUCGGUAACGUUGUGCGUAGCUGUUGAGCUUGAGUUCCUGUGUGCUGCUUUUGGGGUAAAUCUUUAGAUGUCAGAAAUUAAUAAUAAUAAUAAUAAUAAUAAUAAUAAUAAUAAUAUCAACAUCAUCAACAUCUGCCUAUCUCAGGUCCCUGGGAAGGACUUGAUAGGUGGAUAAAAAUGCCAAAUCCAGCCCAUAUCUGGCUGAUGUGCGACAAACCAUAAUAACAACCCUACCAUGGAUACCCCCUUGUUGUAAUAUUCAUCAUCACCAGGGGUGUCAAACUCAAUUUCAUUGAGGGACGCAUCAGGGCUGUGGUUGAACCCAAGGAGGCCAGAGGUGUGGCGGCCUGGGUGGGUGUGGCCGACUGGGUGGGUGUGGCUAGUUUGACACCACUCCCCAAACUGCUUGCAUUGGGUAGACCAGGCCGAAACCACUCUGGCCCGAUCUUUCCUCUUCACAUUGGAUAGACCAGAUCCGGCCACAUCAUGGGCCAGAUGUAGCCCAUCGGCCUUGAGUUUGACACCACUGAUCAUCACAAUACUUUGCUGUUUUGUGGACUAAUUUCUUCCCUAACUAAGACCCCGCCCCCCUGGAUUUAAGUGACCUUUUCUUUUUUCUUAUGCUGUUACUGAUGUAAGAUUUUUCACACAAAGAUGGUGCUGAGCCAAGAAUGCUCUCCUGCCUUUUGAGCAUUCUGCUUCCGUGUGAUGGAAAAGAAAUGACGUUUGGGUUUUUUUUUUGCUUAUUCAAGAAAGUGUUGAUGGAUAUCAGAAGGGUGGAGUGGAAGGGACAUGCCCAUAUCUUACUUAUAGGUAGCCGCAACAGUGCCUGUGAACCAGGGGUGGUAUUCUGCUGGUUCGCACCGGUUCGGGUGUACCGGUACCUCCAACGAAGAGCUGAGAGCGAACCAGUUCGUGCCAACGAUCAGGUGGGCCCGCCCGCCCGCCCCUGCGCUAUACCGACCUAUAUUUCUUGUGUUUGAAACCCAGCUGAUUGGCGCGGCAGGGCAGAUUGCCGCAGCUGUUUUACAGCUGAAGUAGAAGGUAUGUUUUGGAGCAUUUUUCAAAUGCACCGCACGCGCCCAGCGAACCGGUUGAAUCCCACCACUGCUGUGAACAUUUGGUCUUUGUCUAUAUAGUUCUCACUGGUUUGCACUCUCCCUGAAAGCUAGUUAAAUCCAGAGACAGAGAGAGACAGGAAGAGAUUUCUGAGCUUGGUGGUUUUCUUGCAGACAUUUCAUGACCCAACUAGGUAACAUCAUCAAGGCUAGGAGAGAGUGGGAUUUUGCUCUUAUUUUUCCAUAGCUGUGUCCUGCCCUGUCAGUGUAAAGCCAGGGCAAGCAGUUGCUACAUUAAAAUAAGAGCAAACCCCACUCCCUUCUAGUUUCUGCUAAGUGUUUCGGGAUAACGAAAUAAAAAGUUUGGAAAGCACUGUAUUAGAGGAAAGAGUUGGGGGGGGAGGAAAUCAGGCACAAAGAAGGAAUGCAGGUCGGCAUCCCUGGGACUGAUCUUUUGCCCAAUGGCCAAUUAGUUUUGGAUAUGGAAGAGGAACAGGAAUUCUGCUGCUGUGAUUUGGACUGCAAAAACUUCUGAUGCUUAUCCUUACAGAUGGAGAAAUACUCUGUUACAUCCGUGCAACGUCACGACCCACCUAUAAUAGGGAUUUCAUGCUGCCAGCAAAACUCUGCUUGCUUCUUCUUCUUCUUUUUUUCUGAUGGUCCCACUGCUAGAAAUUUUUCCCGUUGGCUUCUUAUACUGGAGACCAUCCUUACAGCUUUAUAAGCUGGACCUGCAAAAAUUUGUCUCCCUGCAGUCGUGAAUCAAAAUAUGCCUUUGCCACUGGAAGCUUGUUGGCGCAGUUGUUCUUAAGAGGGUUUUUGUUUUUUGGUCAUUUUACGUUGCACAUUGUCCAUUAGAUUCAGGUCAGCCCCACUUGGACAGUUUGGAAAAAAAUAGUUUGAUUUGGCUUGGCAUCCAUUCUUGUGUCUCAGCAAUGACUCCAAAUCUGAAAGCCAAACCAAUAAUAACAGCAACUGGAGCACCACUUGAAAACCUUCAGCCCUGACAAAAUCACCAUCGGUCAAUUGCAAAAGGCAGCUUUACUGGGAACAGCUUACAUCCUAAUGUAAUCUAAACAGCUUACGUCUAAUGCCAAUCUGCAUCACACAGAUGGCACUUAACUACAGCCCAGUAACAACAGCCAGCCAAAAUCACACCAUGACUCAGAAACAUCCGAACAAACAACAUUCAGAUUAAUUUGCAUCUCAUAAAAAGGUAUUUAAAGACCUGUGUUCUGACAGACGAGCACAACUCAAAGCACACUGACGAUGUCUCCUCGAAUAGUGAUGAAACGUUUGCAACCAAAUUGCCAAGCUCAGAACUCAAACCAACAGCCUAACUACCAACCUGAGAUACUAAUAUUCAAACACAUUUCAAACAGCUUACAUCCUACGACAAUACCUUUAAUACAAUCAAACAUGCACAUCUACCUGUCCCAGGUCCUUGGGAAGGACUUCAAUAAGUGAUAAAAAUGCCAAAGUCUGAAGAUCUGGAUGACUCUGCAGCGGACCACAGUAAUAAUAACUGGAGGAUCACUGGAUCCGGCAUUGAAAAAAUCACCACUGAUCAAUUUCAAGAAGUAUCUUUACUUGGUAUAGCUUAAUUCCUGUGGUGGUAUUUUUAACAACAUCUGCUUCUCCUUUGUCCUUGAGAAGGACCCAAUAAAUAUGCCAAAUCCAGUCUAAACAUCUGGCCAACAGUGUGAUAAGUCACAUUGUGGGAUUUCCGAAUCUAAUCUGAUAAACUCUCGACCCAGAAGCUGAAGAAGCUUCUUGAAUAAGAAGUGAAACUUCUUCAAAGAAAAACCAGAAAGUCCAGUUGCCUCUUGAAAAAGCACCUUUAGGACAACCAUGACCUGGAUGACUUAGAAUCUGCAUAAACAUUCUUGACCCAUAACACACGAGAUUUAACUGUGGUUGAAAAGAAGAAAGUAUGGUUAAUUGAUGUGGCAAUAAUAGGGUAGUAGAAGACAAAACAAAUGGAGACGAUCACAAUUAGCAAGAUCUAAAAUAUCCAAGUUGAAAGAUUAUUAUAUAAACCAGUCGUGGUAGUCCCCGUGAUUAUUGACACACUGGGUGCCAUACCAGAAAAUCUUGGACAGUACUUAGAAAAUCUGUGCAUUGGCAAAUUUCCAUCUGCCAAUUACAAAAGGCCACACUGCUUUGAUCCACACGUAUCGUACACCAAAAUAUUAUGACAUUCUAGAUUCUUCGGAAGAGCUUGGUGCAUGUAAAGACCAACAUCAACUAAAGAACUGUUGUGUGUAUAAUAAUAAUUGACACAAAUCACCGUCAGUCAAUUGCAAAAGGCAGCUUUACUUGGAACAGCUUACAUCCUGCAACGAUAUUUUUAAUAUCAUCAAACGACAGUGACUGCCUAUCCUCGGAAGGGUUUGAUAAUUUGACAAGAACGCCUGUCUGGCUGACGGCGUGAUCAACCAUAUUAAUAAAUUGCAAAAAGCAGCUUUAUUUAGAAUAGCUUACUUUCUCAGUCCAUGCCUUUAUUUUUAAUUUAUCUUGAGCUUCCUGGUUGGCUCCGUUGGCAAUGGAGGUGAUCUUUCUGGUCACCAACCUCUGGAUCAUGUUGGACUGCUAAGACAGCGACAAUCAGCUGUCCAGCAGUUCGGAAACCCCCCUCUUCGGGAGAAGAAGCGGUGGUGAGCAAAAAGAAGCAGAGGUAGAGCUUCCCUAGAGCUCCUGGAAGAUACCAGGGGGCUCGAAGGGUUAAGCCCCCUCAGAACUUCAAAGUGCUCCAGAUCUGAGGCUUUUUUCCUGCUCCGGCAGACCUAAUUGCCGCGACCAACUUCCGGGACCAAUUUUAACUUAAAGAAGAUAAUACCGGACUGAACAGAAACAGGAGAGCUCUAAUUAUAAAAGCAAGUAAUCAAUCAAUUCCCUGUUAUUUUUUU